AAGCUGGGGUUUGUGGUUCCUGUUUUGCCUAGGGACAAGGAGUGGGAGUGCAGAGGGGCUGGUAAGAGCUUUGGCUUCUCAUUUUAGGGUCAUUAAUGCUUCCUUAAGGGGAAGAAGGGGCUGGAUUGGUGGCUCCAGUGCCCAUUCCCUCAUCUGUAGUCAUUCUUGUGAAACAAAACUUGGCCCAGCUUUGUAUUGUGGUUAUUUGUGUCUACCGUCCACGCUCCUGUGAGUUCCUCAAAGGCAGAGGCCAUGUGUGACAUGUUACUGAGUUUGUAGGGUCCCGCAUGGGUAGUAGGACCCCAUUUUUCACUGGUUGAGUAACCUGGGAAGCAGACCAAAGGGGGCACAUUUCAAAUAGCAGUCUGAGGACUUGGUGGUGAGAAAGAGCUGGCAGAGGUGAGCACCAGCUGGUGGAAGCCCAUAGAAGAGAUUAGCAGGAGGACUCAAUGAAGAAAACUCAGGAUGCUGCUUGACCACCUAGAGGAAGACAAACCAGAUGAGAUCACAGAAUCGGAAUCAGAAUCAGAAGCCCUAGAAUCCUCUGGUCUAAGCAUUCUUGAUGCAGGCAGGAGUCCCACCGCAGCCUGCGGAGCCAAGCAUGUCUGCCUCUGGGCUAGAGCAGCGGUUCCGGGGUUCUCCCGGCCUCUGUCUGGCCCCGGUCCCGAGGCUGGGAGAGCCCGAAGCAGAGACAGAGAGCGCACCCGGAAGUUGCGGGGGGGUGUGACCUCCAAGCACGUGAUGAGGGGCCCCGCGGGCGCUGUCACGUGACCCGCCGACCCGCGGCCCCUCCGCGCCGAACUCGCCGCUGCUCUUAAAGACCCUCAGCCGCCGGGCUGCAGCCGGCCCUGGACCCUCGCGGACGUGGAACGUGAAGCCAUGGGAGGCCGCGCGGGCUCGCGGCGGCGCCUCUCGGACUGCGAGGGUGCGUAUUCCCGCCCGCGCUCCCGAGACGGACAGCCUCUGCCCCGCGACCCACCUGACUCGGGGCUCGGGCGCUGGCUCGGCCCCAGGGAGGACGCCCGUGGGGCCCUCGUGCACCGGCGAGUGGGGUGGGGGUCAUGCUCUCUCCUUCUCGCCCUGCCAGGGGAGGAGACGGCCCCGGAACCUCGGUCCCCUCUGUUGGACCGGCAGGGCGCCCUUUGGAGGAACGUGAUGGGCUUCUGGCUCCUGGGCCUUUGUAACAACUUCUCCUACGUGGUGAUGCUCAGCGCUGCGCAUGACAUCCUUAGCCACCAGAGGGCAUCUGGGAACCAGAGCCAUGUGAACCCGGACCCACCCCUCACCCCCCACAAUAGCUCCUCUCGAUUUGACUGCAACUCCGUCUCCACGGCGGCAGUGCUCCUGGCAGAUAUCCUCCCCACCCUCGUCAUCAAACUGCUGGCUCCCCUGGGUCUGCACCUGCUGCCCUACAGCCCCCGGGUUCUCGUCAGUGGGAUUUGUGCUGCCGGAAGCUUCCUCCUGGUUGCAUUUUCACAUUCAGUGGGGACCAGCCUGUGUGGUGUGGUCUUGGCUAGUAUCUCGUCCGGCCUGGGGGAGGUCACCUUCCUCUCGCUCACCGCCUUCUACCCCAGGGCUGUGAUCUCCUGGUGGUCCUCCGGCACUGGGGGAGCUGGGCUGCUGGGAGCGCUGUCCUAUCUGGGCCUCACCCAGGCCGGCCUCUCCCCGCAGCACACCCUGCUGUCCAUGCUGGGUGUCCCUGCUUUGCUGCUGGCCAGCUAUUUCUGUUUGCUCACACCUCCUGCGCCCCAGGAUCCUGGAGGGGAAGAGGAGGCAGAGACCUCUGCUCGGCAGCCUCUGAUGGGCAGCGAGGCUCUGGAGUCAAAGCCAGAAUCCAGGUCAAACCUCUCCCUUCCGGAAAGGUGGACGGUGUUCAAGGGCCUGCUGCCCUACAUCGUCCCCCUGGUGGUGGUUUACUUCGCGGAGUAUUUCAUCAAUCAGGGGCUGUUUGAGCUCCUGUUCUUCCGGAACACGUCCCUGAGUCACGCUCAGCAGUAUCGCUGGUACCAGAUGCUCUACCAGGCCGGCGUCUUUGUUUCCCGCUCCUCUCUCCGCUGCUGUCACAUCCGUUUCACGUGGGUCCUGGCCCUGCUGCAGUGCCUCAACCUGGCCUUCCUGCUGGUGGACGUGUGGCUGAGCUUCCUGCCCAGCAUCUACCUCGUCUUCCUGGUCGUUCUGUAUGAGGGGCUUCUCGGAGGUGCCGCCUACGUGAACACCUUCCACCAGAUUGCCCUGGAGACGAGUGACGAGCACCGGGAAUUUGCCAUGGCGGCUGCCUGUAUCUCUGACACUUUCGGAAUCUCCCUGUCGGGGCUCCUGGCCCUGCCCCUGCACGACUUCCUUUGUAACCUGCCUUGACACUCCGGCUUCUCAGGACACGGGACACACUAAUCUGGGCCUGCGCUGACCGGCGGCCGAGUCAGACCGCAGGCGCACAGCCCAGAGCUCACCCAUGAGCCCUGCCCCAGGCUUGCCUGAGCGGCUGGGGUGCAGACACACGCGGCGGUCCUGUUCUCCUUUGAGCGAGCCGGCAGUGUUCGCCCUCUCCCAGGCUGGCCUUGGGGACUUCCUUCGUGGCGUUACAUCCUCAGAAUAAAUGCCUAUUUUAUUAAUUGA